CUAGCCUUUCCUUUAUCAUCACUAGAAAUCUACUGCAAUAUAUAUAAGAGCUGAGAUUUCUUGUUCUUUCUCACCUUCAUUUGGUCACCUAAUUGGCAGGAAUAAUUUUGACCAGCAGAUUAAUCAGCCCUACUAAGAAGGAUCCUCAUACAACGAGGUAAUCAUAAAGAUGAAACUACUGUGCCUGAUCACAGGCCUUCUGGCCCUUGCAGCAUGUUUCUUGCCUGGUGAGAGUCACAGAGGUCCCAGGAGACGAUAUCCACCUAGGCCACUGCUUCCUCCUCCUCUACGGUUUCCUUUUGGUCCAGGAUUUGCUCCACGCCUUCCUCCACCUUAUGGCCCAGGGAGAAUUCCACCACCCCCUCCUCAGUUUUUUGGCCCCGGGAGAAUUCCACAACCCCCUCCUCAGUUUUUUGGCCCCGGGAGAAUUCCACCACUUCCUCCUUUAUUCCCCAAUGGCCCAGGUUAUCCAUAUCCAGCUUUCCAACAAAGACGUUAUCUAAUUCGAUUUCCAUUCAUCCCUAGAUUCCCUCUGAUGUAUCCUUUUGUCCUCACACCCCAAAUACAAACUACUACAACAACAGGUUCCGCUACAACCACAACUGACCCCACUACCACCCAAACGGACUCUGCCACUCCCAUGACAGCUUCUCCUCCCCAAGAGACAAAGACCACUUCUACUCCCCAAAAGACUACUAUCGCUUCUACUCCCCAAGAGACAAUGACAGCUUCUCCUCCCCAAGAGACAAAGACCACUUCUCCUCCCCAAGAGACAACUGCUUCUACUCCCCAAGACACUACUAUUGCUUCUACUCCCGAAGAGACAACAACUGCUUCUACUCCCCAAGAAACAACUACCACUUCUCCUCCCCAAGAGACAACGACUGCUUCUACUCCCCAAGAGACUACUAUAGCUUCUACCCCCCAAGAGACAACGACAGCUUCUCCUCCCCAAGAGACAACGACUGCUUCUACUCCCCAAGAGACAACAACAGUUUCUCCUCCCCAGGAGACAACAACCACAUCUACUCCCCAAGAGACAAUGACAGCUCCUCUUCCCCAAGAGACAACUACCACUUCUACUUCCCAAAAGACAAGUCUCAAGACCUUUUUAGAUAGACUCAUUUCAAUUUUUGGAUGAGAAUGAGAUAUUCCAUAAGCUCUAACCUUUGGGAGGAAUAAUCUUAGAAAGAAACUAUAAAACAACCCACAUAAACAUUAUGACAACAAAGUGAAAAUAAAGAGUUGAGCAACAAUA